AGGGCAUGUUCAAGUACUCAGACCACCCCCUCAACCGGAGUUUGGGGCUGUCUUUUGACUAUAACGGGACUCUCGACAUCGUCAUCGCCCCCGGCCAGAAAGGCAUCCUGCUCCUGUGGUUUGAGAAGAGCCUGUUGUUUUCCCAUAAUGCAGGUCAGCUCGUCGACACCGUCCGGGUGAAAAAAGGAGAACAGACCUUGUUUACUUCCAUUUUUGAAGCCCAGAUCACCAUCCACAACAUUGCUGUCAAUGAAAACGAACUGGCAGUUAUAACUCGGGAGGAUAAUUUGUAUUAUGGCAAUCUGGGCAUCGUGCCAAGUUCCAUAAUCAAAGUGAUGGUGAGCAACCCCCACUCCCUGGGGUUCCAGGCCACCUUCUACGAGAGCGGUUACACAUCAGACGGGAACACCAAGUACAAACUGGAUAUUUACUUAAAACAGCAGCAGCACUGGGGCAGGACUGACUUCAACUUCACUUCCAGCUUAAAGAGAGCCACCAUGUCUACCUUAACUGUGGACAUAGCAAACAAGGAAAUUUCAUGUGUGGAUAUCAAGCCACUGUCGACACUGAUUUCAGUUGGCUGUGAUCUGGAUAAAAAGAUCGUCAUCCAGAACACAGUUUCUGCCUGUUCCAAGGGCGUCCUGGAUGCCUUGGCCCUGCAAGACAAUUAUAGCUUCAUCAUCGACAAGGAAUUCUACGACCCCGGCUUCCAGGGGCGGCAGUCCUCCAAGGACCUGCACGUGUUUUACUCCUACCAGCAGCUGGGCUGUCCUCUCCUUGUCUACUAUGAUACCCCAUGGAAGCCCGUGGUGGAGCUGUGGAAACAAGACCGUUUCCAGGAGGUCGUCGAUGCCGAGUAUGUGUUACUGGAGGUGAACGGGCAGUUUUCGUACUCCUAUUCCCUGACGGCCAAGUCGGCAAUGUGCACCUCCCAGCCGCAGAACUGGACCACCAUGAUAAAGGAAUCUGGGGGGCCUUUCUUCUGGAACAGAGAGAACUACGUGAGCUGCCACGACCCCAACAACGGUGCCCCUUUGAGGUGGCCAGAUGUCCAGUAUGAGAUCCUGGGCGGCCGGACAGCAAACCAGAUCAUUUUCAGCCACAACAACGGCUUCUAUGUCUUCUACAUUUCCAUUGUGGAUCCGCACUACAGCUACUGUCAACUGGAGACCGUCUUUAGCAUCUACGUGUAUGGAGCGUUCCCCGUGCAGCUGGUCUCUGCCGGGGUCGUCAUGGUACUGCUCAUCUCCAGCAUCCUGGGGUCCGUGUGGCUGGCCUACAUGAUCCCCAGGCUGCUACGCACAGCACGUGGCCGCAGGAUGACGAGCUUUGUGGCACAGCUGUAUGGGAGAUGCAAGACGGUCUGCCAGUUCAGGGCCUCGGCCACAGCCAGGACAGGCUCAGAGCCCAUGGGACGCCACCGCAGUUCUUAACGGAGGCAGGUCUGACCACUGAGGCCGGUCCACAGGGUCCCGACCCCUUGUCUUCAAAUAAAGUAUAGUGUAACAUA